AUGGAGGAAAAGAAAGGGAAUGAUACUUUUCUAGAAGAUGAAGAAGAUUUGGAGGAAGGAUCCCAAGAUGAAGAGAUUAAGUUGAUAGAGCAAGAGCCAACUGUGCUGAAAAUAGUAUCACCCCAACUUGAGCUUAAGCCAUUGCCAUCGACUUUAAAAUAUGAAUUCCUCGGACCAAAUUCCACUUUUCCAAUUAUAAUCAAUGCUAGUCUAACUGAGUCUGAAACACAGAGGUUGGUCGAAGAGUUGAAGCUACAUAGAAAAGCAAUUGGAUACACUAUUGAUGAUAUAAAAGGGAUUAGUCCUUCCCUUUGCAUGCAUAGGAUUCUACUUGAGGAGGGCUAUAAAAAUUCAAUUGAGCCCCAAAGGAAGUUGAAUUCAAAUCUGAAAGAGACAGUGAAUGGAUGUGAAAAGGCGAAUUUAGUGUUAAAUUGGGAGAAAUGUCAUUUCAUGGUUAGAGAAGGAAUUGUUUUGGGACAUAAAAUAUUAGAACGUGGGAUUGAAGUGGAUCAAGCAAAAGUAGAAGUGAUAGAAAAACUGCCCCCACCAAUUAAUGUAAAAGGAGUGAGAAGUUUCUUGGGGCAUGCCGGAUUCUAUAGGCGUUUUAUCAAGGACUUUUCAAAAAUUGCUAAGCCUUUAACAAAUUUGCUAAUCAAGGAUGUUGAAUUUUGUUUUGACAAAGAAUGCAUGGAGGCCUUUAGUAAAAUUAAAAGUGCCCUUAUUUCAGCCCCGGUAAUUCAAGCUCUGGAUUGGAAUCUUCCAUUUGAGAUAAUGUGUGAUGCAAGUGACUUCGCAGUUGGGGCAGUGUUAGGACAAAUAAAAAAUAAGAUUCUACACGCUAUACAUUAUGCAAGUAAAACGCUUGGUGCAGCUCAAGUGAAUUAUUCCACUACUGAAAAAGAACUUCUAGCAGUAGUAUUUGCAUUUGAUAAGUUUAGAUCAUAUCUGGUUGGUUCAAAGGUAAUAGUUUAUAUUGAUCAUGCAGCUAUCCGAUAUUUUCUAAGCAAGAAAGAUGCUAAACCACGACUUAUCAGAUGGAUUUUACUACUUCAAGAGUUCAACCUCGAGAUUAGAGAUAAGAAGGGAGCAGAGAACAUAGUGGCUGACCAUUUAUCCAGAGUUUGGAAAAAUAAGGAAAAGGAUGCAGAUUUUGACCUACCUAUUGAUGAUAUUUUUCCUGAUGAGCACCUUCUAGCCUUAUCGAGUGCUAAAAUACCUUGCUAUGCGGAUUUUGUAGUCAUUAGUGAUGAGGGAUCACACUUUAUAGAAAGAUACUUUGAGAAUUUGCUCAGAAAAUAUAGAGUGAGCCACAAAGUAGCAACGCCAUAUCAUCCACAAACUAAUGGGCAAGUUGAGAUCUCCAACCGUGAAAUUAAAGCCAUACUAGAGAAAACAGUAUCUACUUCACGAAAGGAUUGGUCAUUGAAGCUAGAUGAUGCCUUAUGGGCAUAUCGUACUGCCUACAAGACUCCUAUUGGGAUGACUCCAUUUCGGUUAGUUUAUGGGAAAUCUUGUCAUCUUCCAGUAGAAUUAGAACAUAAAGCCUAUUGGGUAAUUACAAAUCUAAACAUGAAUCUCAAGGAAGCAGGGGAGAAAAGGAAGCUUCAGUUGAAUGAGCUUGAUGAAUUGAGAUUGGAUGCUUAUGAACAUGCUAGAUCUUAUAAGGAAAGAAUAAAGAAGUGGCAUGAUCAACAUAUUCUCCGAAAAAUUUUCAAGGAAGGUGAUCUAGUUUUAUUAUUUAAUUCAAGGCUAAAGCUUUUUCCAGGAAAGCUUAAAUCAAGGUGGACGGGCCCGUUUGAGGUUAAAAAGGUUUAUCCUUUUGGAGCGGUA